AUGUCUCUGCCAGAGACGAGAAUACUACCGAUGCCACUGCAACCGCCGCCGCCGCCCCAGAUGCCGCCCCCGACGUUGCCGCCUCCAGCUGACCAAUGGGUUGCUGGUGCGACGCCGGGCAGCAGCGACAUCAAGACAACACACUGCAAGGCUGCUGAUGCAACGACAGUCCAUGACAUGAACAUCGCGCCGCCCCCGAUGCCGCCGCCACCGCCUGCCGAGAACGCUACUAGUGCGGUGCUGCAUCUCAACUGGGCAAUAUCGCCGUGCUUCCCAGCCGGCCAACAGGCCGCCGAAGCAGAUACGCACCAUACCACGACCUUCACGCCGCACCCGACGCCGUCGCCACCGCCUGCCGAGAACGCUACUGGUGCGGCGCCGCGUCUCAACUGGGCCACAUCGCCGCACUUCCAAGCCGGCCAACAGGCCGCCGAGGCAGUUACACCUAAUGCCAUGAACAUCACGCCGCCCCCGACGCCGCCACCACCGCCUGCCAAGAACGCUACUGGUGCGGCGCCGCGUCUCAACUGGGCCACAUCGCCGCACUUCCAAGCCGGCCAACAGGCCGCCGAGGCAGUUACACCUAAUGCCAUGAACAUCACGCCGCCCCCGACGCCAUCACCGCCUGCCGAGAAUGCUACUGGUGCGGUGCUGUGUCUCAACUGGGCAAUAUCGCCGCGCUUCCCAGCUGGCCAACAGGACGCCGAAGCAGAUACACACCAUGCCAUGACCAUCACGCCGCCCCCGAUGCCGCCGCCACCGACUGCCGAGAACACUACUGGUGCGGUGCCGCGUCGCAACUGGGCCACAUCGCCGCGCUUCCCAGCCAGCCAACAGGCCGCCGAAGCAGUUGCACAUAAUGACAUGACCAUCACGCCGCACCCGACGCCGCCGCCCCCAACUGCCGUGAAGGCUCCCGGGGAAGUGACGCGGUGCAAACCGGCCGUGCUGCCACAUCCGCCAGAGGCGACAACGACCACUGCGGCGACAACGACCACUGAGGCGACAAAGACCACUGAGGCCACAACGACAGAAGAUAAACGGGGGGAACCACUCCGAUGGCGCCGCCCACAGUCGCUGAGAAAGCGGCUGGCACAGGGCGGUGGCACAAAACGACGAUAUUGCAGCACUCUCCUGGGGAUCAACCACCUGCCGAGCCAUUCACAGUCGGCCUGA